AUGGAGAAAAAAUGAACUAUUCUCUCUAUGAUUUACUACUUAAUGUUCUUUCUUUCCUUGAUCUCUCUGUUUUCUUUCUCAGUUAUAUGAUCCCCUAGCAUUAUUGGCGGGUGGAGUGGAAUCACUGUCCAUUAGUUUAUAGAUCUAUGGCCACAACGAACUAUUGUAGUGUCUUAUAUGCAUUGCUAUCAGCUAUUUUAAAAUGCUACUUCUUUUCAUAUAUGUUUAAAAUUAAAUAAUGUUAGACCUUUUUACACAUUUGAAUAAAUUUAUAGAAACACUGACGAUACGUUUUAUUGUUCAAAUGGACUGUGUAUCGAAUGGUCGUGGGUUUGUGAUGGUCGUAAGGAUUGUUCAGAUGGUUCAGACGAGACUAAAGAGUUGUGUGCUCUAUACGAAUAUGGAACCACGGAUUGCGGUAGAGUUGAAUCGUUCGACAUUAGUGGAAAAGAACUUUUUGGAGUGGCACGUUGGAAUGUUGGAAUAUAUCGAUUUGAAAAUUUAAAUUAUAUAUUUUUAUGUCAUGGAUCAAUUAUUGCUCCAAAUGUAGUCAUUUCUAGGGCUGAAUUUUUUUUUUCUCCCGAUAUGGUUACUACGAAAAUAUCAGUAACAUAUGGAAAACUCAAAGUUGCUGUGGGAAAAUAUCAUUAUAAUUUUUCAAAAAUUGACAAUGAAUAUACUCAAAUAUUGAAUGUGGAAACAAUAUACAUAAAGGAAAGUUAUAAUGGAAAAGAAGGGUCAUAUGCUGAAGAUAUAGCUGUUAUUGUGUUAGAAAAUAAAGUUUUGAUUACCAGUGAUGUUUCACCUGUAUGUAUCGAUUGGAAUGGUAAAUAUAUGGUACACAAUGGAGAUCUAGGAAAGAUUUUCAUUUUUGGAGAAGUGGUAAAUGGGAUAGAAAAUUCUGUUUUAUCAGAAAGAUUUCUUCAACUCAUCGAUACCAGAAAUUGUCAAAAAAAUGUUUCAACCGAAAAUAAACACUUACUGACUUUUGAUAAGUUUUGUACGACUUAUAAUUCAAGAAAAGGAGCAGAUUUCGCAGAUAGUGGAGCAGGCAUAAGCUUUUUACACUCUAAUUCUUAUUUUUUAACCGGGAUGCUGAAUAUGAGGAUUGCAUAUCCAAACAGUGCAAUCGCAGGUUUUUUAGACAUCAGAUUCUAUGUUCAAUGGAUUCGUGGAAUUUUAAACAAACAUUUCACAGAGAAUUCAUGCGUUUUACCAACUGUCGAAGGAGUUAUAUAUUCUUAUGAAGGUUCUAAUGAGAUUUUAUCUCAUGGGACAUUAAUUAAACGUCAUCGUACUGUUAUUGAAAAGUGUGAACAUGGAUAUCAUAAGGCUUAUCCCGUAGGUUUUAGAUUUUGUCGAGGAAAAGGAAAAUGGUUAUCGAAUACUGAGAAAUUGUGUUUCAAAAUGUGUCCAUCUCUAAUAUCAGAUAGUUUAGAUAUUAAAUGUAGUCAUAAUGGUAAGUAUGCUAAUUGUUCAAAUUUAUCGAUACCUGAUACAAUAGCAAAAACAUCAUGUAAGCCAUUCUAUACUGCACCAAUUUCACAAGAAGAUACUCCGCUUGAAUUAAAUUGUCAGGCUAAUGGGAUGUGGAACAAGCAACUGUAUAGAUGCAAUCCAAAUUGCGGUAGAGUAUAUAUCAUAAACCAAGUGUUGAUCAAGAAUGGUAAAAAAGCACUUGUUGGUACGGCACCUUGGAAUGUUGGAAUAUAUCAAUUAAAUAAAAAAAAAACCAAUUAUGACUUGAUAUGUGGAGGAUCAAUUAUUGCACCAAAUUUGGUCAUUUCUGCGGCUCAUUGUUUUUGGAAAAAAGCUAUGUUAUCUAAGAAAAUAUCAAUAACGGGUGGUCUAUACAAAGUUGCUGUUGGAAAAUAUGAUAGAAAUUUUACAAUAAUAGACAAUGAAUUUACUCAAAUAAUAAAUGUGGAAACGAUUCACCUGAAAGAAGUUUAUUAUGGAGCUAAUGGGUUUUAUGCUGAAGAUAUAUCUAUUAUUGUGUUACAAGAUCGAGUUUCUUUUAGUAAUGGUGUUUCACCUGUUUGUAUCGAUUGGAAUGGUAAAUACAAUGUGGAAAAUGGAGACAAAGGAAAGAUUGUUGGUUGGGGAAGAACAGAAAAAGAAAUUUCAAGUCCUAUUUUAUUAGAAGCAUCUUUACCAUACAUCGACCUUAGUACUUGCCGGAAUAUGUAUACAAAUGGAUUUGAAUUAUUUAUGACUGUUGAUAAGUUUUGUGCCGGUUCUACAUUGGUUUCAGGACAAGGAGUGAGUAAGGGAGAUAGCGGUGCAGGAUUAUGCUUUCUCCACUCUGAUUCUUAUUAUUUAACUGGAGUAGUAAGUAUCAAGGAUCCAAAUACAACUAAUUCGAUCGCAGUUUUUACAGAAGUUAAGUACCACAUUCAAUGGAUUCGUGGACUGUUUAACAAACAUAAUUAAGUCUAAUAAGAUUAUGGUAAUUUUAAUAAAAUAAUUUCCAAUUGUAUAAAUUUAAUCAAUAUUAAAAAUUGCAAAAAAAAUAUAGAAAUAGGGAAUCACUUAUAUGUAACAAAUUUUAAAAGUUCAUUUUAAUUGUUCAUUUAAAUUGAUCGUAAUAUGUACGUAUGUUUUAAUACAUAGGUAGUACCUAAGCAUUAUACAAGUAAAUGUAUAAUUUAAACAUAUUAAAUUUGACAUUUUUAGCUUAUACCAAUAUUUUGCAUUGUACACUGAUUGUUACAUAAUUAUUAUUAUGUACAUAUUAUCCAUUGUAUUUGAAAUAUCUACUAGUCUUAGUAUUACUUUUUAUCAAUUGUAUUGUUUAGUUUUUGUAUUGACUUGGUUUCGUUAAUGAAAGCUUCUCAUUCAUAACUGACAUAUUUGAGGAAGAAUAUAUAUUUUUUAACAACCUAAUUUAAACAGAACACAAUGUCAUAACAAGUUGUCAAGUUGUGAUUAUAAUGGUAAUACAAGUCAAUUUGUUUUUCGGUAA